UAUAUGGCAAAGAAAAGCAGUAGCUCUUGGUUGACAAUAGUGAAAAGGGCAUUCAGGUCUCCUACUAAAGAGAAUGAGAAAAGAAGUAGCAAAAGAAGAGAUGAACAUGAUCAAGAAGAGGAAGAAAAAAAAAGAGAGAAAAGAAGAUGGCUUUUCAGAAAGCCAAGUAGUCAUGUUCAACAAUGUGAAGCAAAUGCAAGAACAAAUACUACUGCAAUUGCACCUGUGGUUCCAGUUUUGGCUGCAGAGCAUCGGCAUGCAAUUGCAGUUGCUGCUGCCACUGCAGCGGCAGCUGAAGGUGCUGUGGCAACAGCCCAAGCAGCGGUGGAGAUUGUUCGGCUAACUAGGCCUUCCAGUUUUGUCAGAGAACAUUAUGCUGCUAUAGUCAUUCAAACAGCUUUUAGAGGAUACCUAGCAAGAAGAGCUCUUCGUGCACUAAAGGGGCUAGUAAAACUUCAAGCUCUAGUAAGAGGGCACAAUGUCCGAAAGCAAGCCAAGUUAACACUACAAUGCAUGCAAGCUUUGGUUCGAGCGCAAGAUCGGGUGCGUGCUGAUCAACGUGCAAGGCUUUCACAUGAAGGGGAAAGAAGGUCCAUGUUUGCCGAAACCAACAGCUUAUGGGAGUCUAAAUAUCUUCAUGACAUCCGGGACAGGAAGUCCAUGUCCAAAGAUACAUGUUGUGAUGUGGAUGAUUGGGAUGACCGCCCGCAUACAAGUGAGGAGAUUGAAGCCAUGUUGUUGAGUAGAAAAGAAGCUGCUUUGAAACGUGAAAAGGCUCUUGCUUAUGCUUUCUCUCACAAGAUAUGGGGAUCUCGUAGGAGCCGGAACAUAUCUGCAGGAGAUGAAAAAGAGCUUGAAGAAAGAACAAAAUGGCUAGAAAGGUGGAUGGCCACAAAGCAACAGAACAACGACAGAGUUUCAACUGAUAAAAGAGACCCUAUAAAGACAGUAGAAAUUGACACUUCUAUGCCACACUCUUAUUCUGGUCCAAUACUUCAAAGACCACAAGAGCUAAAUCAUCGCCAAAAACAAUCUACUCCACGUUCUGUAGCUUCUCCACUCCAUAAAGCACACCACAACUUUACUUUCACACCCUCACCCUGUAAACACAAACCCCUGCAACUGCGUUCAGCAAGCCCUCGAUGCCUAAAAGAAGAGAAAUGUUACUCAGCAGCUCAUACACCAAACUUAGGCUCCAUUUACUGCUACGGCAGUGGUGGCAUGCGUGCUGCAAUGCCAAACUACAUGGCUGCCACUGAGUCUGCAAAGGCUCGAGUUCGAUCAUCACAAAGUACACCAAGACAUAGGCCCUCAACACCCGAGAGAGAGCGAGUUUGUUCAGCAAAGAAGCGCUUAUCAUAUCCAGUUCAUGAGGUUCGUAGUAGUGUUCGCACUGAGGGCAGUAAUCUAAGCCAGAACUUGAGAAGCCCCAGCUUUGAUGGGUAUUAUUAUUAUGGAAUGGAGCAACAGACAAACUUGUCUGCUUGUUAUAAUACGAGUGAGAGCCUUGGGGGACAAAUUUCUCCAUGUUCAACAACUGAUCUAAGGUGGUUGAAGUCAUGAAGUGACAUAAUUGUGAAGGUGAUGAUGAAGAUGGUUAUUAAUUAUUAUCAAUUGUCUUAUUUGAAAUUG